CUUGGGAGGGCGGGGCCGGGCGCGGAGCAGGAGCAGAGCGCGGCUGCAGGGUGAGCAGCGAGCAGCGGGGAAACACAGCCCUCCGCCCCAGCCAGCCUCCGCGUGUGUUCCCUCUGUCGGGAGAGCGCCAAUGCCCGGGCCGACCCAAACCUUGUCCCCAAAUGGCGAGAACAACAACGACAUCAUCCAGGAUAACGGGACCAUCAUUCCUUUCCGGAAGCACACAGUGCGCGGGGAGCGGUCCUACAGUUGGGGAAUGGCGGUCAAUGUGUAUUCUACCUCGAUAACCCAGGAGACUAUGAGCAGGCAUGACAUUAUUGCAUGGGUUAACGACAUCGUGUCCCUAAACUACACAAAAGUGGAGCAGCUCUGUUCAGGAGCGGCCUAUUGCCAGUUCAUGGACAUGCUUUUCCCAGGCUGUAUUAGUUUGAAGAAAGUAAAAUUCCAAGCCAAGUUGGAGCAUGAGUAUAUUCACAAUUUUAAACUUCUGCAAGCAUCAUUUAAACGGAUGAAUGUUGAUAAGGUAAUUCCAGUGGAGAAGCUGGUGAAAGGGCGUUUCCAAGACAACCUGGAUUUUAUUCAGUGGUUUAAGAAAUUCUACGACGCUAACUAUGAUGGGAAGGAGUAUGACCCUGUAGAGGCACGACAAGGGCAAGAUGCAAUUCCCCCCCCUGACCCCGGCGAACAGAUCUUCAACCUGCCCAAGAAGUCUCACCAUGCAAACUCCCCCACGGCAGGCGCGGCUAAAUCAAGUCCAGCAGCCAAGCCGGGAUCCACACCUUCUCGCCCCUCGUCUGCCAAAAGGGCUUCAUCCAGCGGCUCAGCGUCCAGAUCUGACAAAGAUUUAGAAACGCAGGUCAUACAGCUCAACGAGCAGGUACAUUCAUUGAAACUUGCCCUCGAAGGUGUGGAGAAGGAGAGGGAUUUCUACUUCGGGAAGUUGAGAGAGAUUGAGCUGCUGUGCCAAGAACACGGGCAGGAAAACGAUGACCUUGUGCAGCGACUAAUGGAAGUGCUCUACGCGUCCGACGAACAGGAGGGCCAAACCGAAGAGCCAGAAGCAGAGGAGCAAGCCCAUGACCAGCAGCCCCAGCAGCAAGACGAGUACUGAACCACCUCAGCAGCUCUUGACGCUUCCAUCGCGUGUGGGGACUUUCCUUCUGGAGGAUUGGAACACGUGUGUGGCCUGGAGCCCAGUAGAAACCAGCUGUUCCCACCCUGUUGCCAUCGACAGUGAUAUUGCAUCCGCCAGCCACUGCACUGGGUUCCCACUUCUUUUGCCAAGAUGCAUUAGCAGACGGCCAUUCUGGUCACCUACUUGCCAGAUCAUAGGGUCACAUACCUUCAACUCCACCACCUGGCUGCUUGAGAUUGGUUCUACCCUUCCCUCAUUCCUUUCCAGAACAACUCUUUCCCACCCCAACACCACCACCAUCACCACCACCACCCCUUUUUAUCCUGGUGUGAAACAAUGGUAAUUUGAUAUAUGGUAUUUAUAUUGGCAUCUUUUCAACCCAGUGUCACUAGAUAUCACAUGCAUUUGUGGUGCUUUGAUGUUUGCAAGUCUAACCUCCUAUCAUAAAUUUGGUCAGAUGAUUAAUUGGAACAAAGGGAAGCAGAUACUUGAUAUGAAAGCCAUACGACAGUAGCUUGUGUCAUGGGGAAAACAAUUCCUCCCUCUACUCACAACACUAAAGGGAAAAAAAAAAUGAAUUCAAAACUAGGAGUUCAGGGCCCAGCAGUGUUGAUAGAGCAGCGCGUUAGACAACCAUGCAGUUGUUAGUUUCCAGGCUUCACUCACAGACAGCAGCAUCUCAGCUCCGCCCUUGCUCUGUGAGUCCCCGCCCCCUCUCCGUCCCCAGGUUUUUUUCUUUCUCAGGGUCCUCUUCAGUGGAGGUCCACUCCCUGCAAGAUGUCCUCACGGCAGUCGGCAGUUGCAAAAGUUGGGGUGGGGGGAGGUGGUCUCAGAAAGCACGAGGCUUCCUGCCUCAUCCCUCUUCCUCCUCGUAAGAGCUUCAGCCCAAGUCUUGCAGUUCACGUUAGGGGAAUCCAUACUAGGGGGUAACUGGAGGCUGUGUGCCCCGCAUGCCACCAUCUGCAUCGUGUUGGUGCCGGCUGCGAGGUUGGAGGUGAAGACUUGAUGGGUGGCACGAUCUCUCGGGAGAAGGGUGGCUCUACACAGAACACCAGUGACCCCCCCCCAUUACCUUACUGCCAUCCCCCCACCCUCCCACCCCCACAGCACCGGGGCCUUCCCUCUCAUUGACAUUUGCUAAACUGUGGCAGUUCAUAAAGGGGAAACAUUAGUGAAUUGAAAGCAUUCCUUGUUUUUAACUAUUUGCACAUUUUCUUAGUCUUUCCUGAUCGUUGCCCACCUCCCCGUUUGGACGGAUGGUACCCUUUCCUAGCUCCCUCGUUUUAUUUGAUUUUGAUUUUUCGUUUACUGUCACUGGUCAUUUGGCCAGCAAGUGCAGAAAAACAAGAAACAAAUGUGCCCACCCCACUUUCCACUUAAAAAAAAAAAUCUCAAAAUAAAUUUCUGAAUUAUGCAUCAUAAAGCUUUGAAAUUUCUUUUAUUAAUUGACGGAGUACUAACCUUAAAUUCCAGCAUCGGAGCUUUGCACCAAGAGAAAGCUUUCCAAAAUAAACCUUUUCAGCAGAGUUGUAUGUACUGAGGUCUAUGUGGAAAAGAUGGCUUGUAUUUUUGAGAUGAUCACAACACACCAUGCAGAAGUGGACAGAUGUUCCAUGGUGAUUGGUUCCCCGUUCUUCUCUCUCCUGCUCGCUUAGCCCUGCAGUGGCAGCUCAUCUCUCUGAGGCUGGAAAACCUUGCUCCUUGCAGUGACAUCCUCCCCAGCCUGGUUGUGGUAGUGGCUCUGCUAUACACAGCAUCGGGCCUAACAUCGGGCCUAACGGUUUGUUGCUCUCUGGACCUUGUUUUAUUCCUUUGCAUUGUUUUUUGUUUGUUUGGUUGGUUGGUUGGUUGGUUGGUUGGUUGGUUGGUUUGGUUUGGCUUUAAUAGCUAUUGUAAAGAGGUACAGUAAACAGCUACCUGAGAGGUUCGCCUACCUGCCCAGGGUGUCUCAGUGAUGCCCAGGGACUAGAUGAUUCGUGGCCACACUCCUGUGAGUGGGUACCAGGGAGUCAGGCUGUUGUCCUCUCCCAAGCCUGGGAUGCUGUUAAACUUGCAUAAAGCUCGUCCAUGCCUCUUGCUGAAGGCACUCUGUUCCUCUCCACCUCCUGGACUACUUAGCUGAAGACCUACUGACCACAUGUCUUAGCCUGAAAUGAAUGUUCUCCAGCUGAAACACCACUCCAUUCUCCUUCCCUGGGGCUCGGGCCGGACCCUCACCUAUCCAUUUAGAGAAAAGCACACUCCUCUUUGUGUGCCCAUCUUAAAUAUCUUCUGGAGUUUAGGCCCCAGAUGAUGCCAUGGAUGUGUUGGAGAAUCCUUCACAGCUAUUUCCAAGUUGUUCUCAGGCUGAAGCCCCUACCGCUGGGCACCCACCACUCCUGGAUGAGAGGACACAUUCAUUCCUAUCUUGGCAGUCAGGGCACACAUUCCUCUAAGGCCCACCCAACUCACAGGAUAUCACAUUGGGUCCAGAGGCCUCUCGGCAUGUGCCCCCCGCCCGUCCCUCUCAGGAAAUUGAUUUCUUUUCACGGUCUCCCACACCCACUGUAAGCUGAUUAUAGCAAUUUUGUUACCACUGUCAGAUUGGAAGUGAUCGAAGCAGGGGACAAAGAGAAAGCUCAUAUUCAUUCUGAGUAGAGAAGCAGGAAAAAAAAUGUUUAAAAGAUAAACAUCCUGUUGAGCUGAGAGAAGUAAACUCCAGAAGGGAACCAAAAUUUCCUCCCUUUCCUGGUGAGUGUUUCCAUUAUUCCGUUAAGGUUUAAUAUGCAUUCAGAUUACUUUUACUAAAUAGUACACCAUAAAGCUUUUGUUAUAUAUUAAAUGUAAACUGAAAGGAAUGUAAACAUAUGUAUUGUUAAUUAUAAAUAUCGAUAAGUAACGGCAUAAUAGAUAAAGAGGUCUUAUUCAGAUGCAUCAUGGUCAUUUUUCAUUACCCACCUAUUGUCGCAUGGUAGGAUAGCUUUUUUGUCUCUGAAUAUGUGAAUAACUUGACUUGCGUUCAUCUUUUUACAUAUUUAAUAAAAAAAAAUAUAUGUUAAAAAUC